AUGCGAGGUGAUCAAAAGCAGCCGACCAUAAUUUUAGAAGCAGUGGCCUCGAAUGACCUUUGGAUAUGGCGUACAUUUUUUGGUCUAUCGGGUGGCAACAACGACAUCAAUGUUCUAGACCAAUCGUCGAUAUUCAACGAAAUCUACCUUGGGGAAUCGUAUAAUGUGUCGUUUCAAGUAAAUGAGACAUCAUACAAGCGUGGGUAUUAUCUUACUGAUGACAUAUAUCCUGAGUUAGCAGUAUCUGUGAAAUCAUUCACAUGUCCAAAUGAUGAGAAGCAAUUAAAGUUUAAGGUGGCACAAGAAUCUGUUAGGAAGGAUAUUGAGUGCACAUUUGAAGACGAGGGGAAAAUGAUUUUCUGCUACAAUGAGAAUGAGAAUUUACCAAAUGUCGAAGGAGUUGGUAUUGGUUCUAAGACAUACAUGGUGAACAGAGGGGAAGUAUACGACCGAGUUGUACACCAUAACCUUCACGCUGAUUUGGUGGAACGCAUCUUCAAUGCUCAAACGAAUCACAUUGUCGACAAUUUUGUUGAAGACGACUUGUUCGAAGAUAUAGAUGACGAAUCAUAA